AAAGAGAGCUCUGGUCUUAAAAAGAGCAGGAGGGAGUUAGUUUUGGCUUCUGAUCUGCGGAGAAAAACGGUGUUGAUGGCUGCGGCGGUGGCCGGGAGGAUUGAACGUCGGCGUUAACGCUGAUUGAAUCGGUCGCACCGGCGUUACGAAUGACGUGGCCAUCUUAAGAUUCCAGCCAAUAAAAAGAAAAGUUGGCACUUUCUUUUUCUAAUACUGAAAACCUUCUUAAUUUAUUUAUUCAUUCUGAUCUGAUCUUUGUUUUUGGUUUGUGGUGUUGAUUGAACUGUGGGUCCCUAAGAGUGUGUGGGGGAGUGCAUCUGAGCUGGUUCAGUUCUGGGUUGAUUUGAACCGGUUUGGCUUAGAGCUGGUUUCCUCCUUUUCUCGCAAUCCUGCUUUCAGCUUUUCUGGGUUGGUGAUUCAGUUGAAUAUUGAGAGAUUGGAUUUGGCAUGCUUAUAAAAGAUGUCAUUGAAGAGUAUUAUGCGAGAGUUAAAGGAAAUGAAGGAGGGGAUUGGGAGCAUAUCAAAGAGAGGAGGGGAAAGCAAGGUUUGGCGUAGUAGGACUCGAUCCCAUGUUGCUCCUGAUCGAGCACCAACUGAAUCUGAAUCCGUAGAACAAAGCCCUUGGGCGAACCUACCGCCUGAAUUGCUCUUGGAUAUCAUCCAGAGGGUUGAAGAGAGCGAGACAGCUUGGCCUGCUCGAGCCGUUGUAGUAUUUUGUGCUGCAGUUUGUAGGUCUUGGAGAGAGAUUACAAAGGAGAUUGUGCAGACUCCAGAGCAAUGUGGAAGGCUCACAUUUCCCAUUUCGUUGAAGCAGCCUGGUCCCCAUGAGUCCCCGAUUCAAUGCUAUAUUAGAAGAGACAGAGCCACUUCGACAUAUCUUUUGUUCUAUGGUCUGGUGCCUUCUGAGGGGGAGAGUGAUAAAUUGCUUUUAGCAGCAAGGAAGGUCAGAAGGGCUACCUGCACGGAUUUUGUUAUAUCUUUGGUUGCUGAUGAUUUUUCUAGGGCCAGCUAUACAUAUGUCGGUAAACUAAGGUCUAAUUUUUUUGGUACCAAGUUCACAAUACAUGACAGUCAACCUCCGUGUGACUCAAUAAUCCCAUCAAGUACCCGAUUGAGUCGAAGAUUCCACUCGAAGCAGGUGUUUCCAAAACUAUCUUCGUCCAACUACAAUAUUGGUACCAUUACCUAUGAGCUCAAUGUUCUGCGAACACGAGGACCAAGGAGAAUGCAUUGCGUUUUGCACUCGAUUCCCAUGUCUUCGAUUCAGGAAGGAGGCACUGCACCAACACCAUUAGCGUUCCGCCAAUCCUUUGAUGAACAACUUUCUCCCUUAAUCAGUUCAAAAGGAAAGGAACCGGUGACAAACCCCAGCUCCCCUACCCUCCCAGCCACUCCAUUACACCCCUUGGGCUCAGGAGAGCCACUAACCCUAAAGAACAAGGCUCCUAGAUGGCAUGAACAGUUACAGUGCUGGUGCCUUAACUUCAAGGGGCGUGUGACAGUGGCCUCUGUUAAGAAUUUCCAGCUUGUUGCUGCUGUUGAGCCAUCACAUAAUGUAUCACCUGAAGAGCAAGAGAAGGUAAUCUUACAGUUUGGAAAAAUCGGCAAAGACAUCUUCACCAUGGAUUAUCGAUAUCCUCUAUCUGCUUUCCAAGCCUUUGCAAUCUGCCUAAGCAGCUUUGACACCAAACCAGCUUGCGAAUGAUCAGUGAAUCGGUGUUGCCAUGGAUUAACUCUCCCAUGCUUUCAAGCCUUUGCGAUCUACCAGAGCCGCUUUCUUCCAAAUCUGCCUGUGAAUGAUAUAGCAUGUUGGCAAGAAGAUACGUGCAUCUCUCCUUUGGAAUGCUUCCUUAUUUUAUUACUAUCGUCAUUUAUGUUCUAAUGGAAGCUUUUCUUGGACAGCCAUUGCUGGCUAAUGCUUAGCUGUUCGGUGCGUGACAUUUCGGAUCAUGCAAUCUGAUUUGCAUUCUGUUUGAGUCGUAUCUUUGAAUCAAAACUAAAUUAACCGCAAA